CAGUUUAACACAGACGGUUCAGUGACAAAUGUACCACUAUCCCGUUAGAUGUAGGAAGCCCGUGUGCUCCAGUGUAUACCCACUGUAGACUUUGCGGCUAUUGUUGUGAUUCCGCGAUUUGGGUGACAGCUCCAGUGGAUCAAAAAAUUCCAGGCGCAACCGAAUAAUGAGAAGAGGGAUUUACAAUAUUUCUACUGCACGGAUAGCGCAGAGAGAGAUCCACAAUAAAAGAUAUUGACAUGAAGAAAGACAUUGAGACAUUGAUAGCAGAGGAACGCGCUGACAUCAUCUUGAAAUAUGAUACGGAGGAAGAGUUCACACUUGUUUGAGCGUGUCGUUAAAAAGCACGACCGUCGCUCUAAGAGGGAUAAGAAAGAGAAGCCGAAUGUGUGUGGCAGACAGGAGGGGGUGGAGAUUGACCCCUGGGAGGAUGCAGAUUACUGUAUUUACAGAGUCACUGACCGUUUCGGGUUUCUGCAUGACGAGGAUCUGCCAGCCCCUAGUGCACACGAGGAGAAGAAAAAGAACCUGGAAAUUGAAAGGGUAGAAAAAUGGCUGAAGAUGGUGAAAAAAUGGGAUAAAUACUGGAACAGUGACAGGAUGGUAAAGCGUGUGUAUAAGGGUCUCCCCCUGCAGCUGAGAGGCCAGGCCUGGGCCCUGAUGCUGGAUGUGGAGAAGUUGAAGAAUGAGAACGAGGGGAAGUAUGAGAGGAUGAAGGAACAGGCCAGAAUGUUCUCCCAGGAAAUCAAACAGAUCGAUCUGGACGUGAACAGGACGUUUAGAAACCACAUCAUGUUCAUGGAUCGAUUCGGAUUCAAACAGCAGUCUUUAUUUCAUGUCCUGUCUGCCUAUUCAGUCUACAACACGGAGGUGAGCUACUGCCAGGGCAUGAGCCAGGUCGCCGCCUUGCUGCUGAUGUACAUGAACGAGGAAGACGCCUUCUGGGCCCUGUCACAGCUACUGACCAAUCAGAAGCAUGCCAUGCACGGUUUCUUCAUUCCUGGGUUUCCCAAACUGCAGCGCUUCCAGGCGCACCACGAUCAGAUUCUCUCCAAACUCAUCCCCAAGCUGAAGAAACAUCUGGACAGGGAACAGAUGUCCUGUGGGAUCUACUGCACUAAAUGGUUCCUGCAGUGUUUCAUUGACAGGACCCCGUUCACCCUGACUCUACGCUUGUGGGACAUCUACAUUCUGGAAGGAGAGAAACUUCUUACUGCCAUGUCCUACACAAUCCUUAGAAUAUUUAAGAAACGUCUCCUGAAGAUGAAUCUGGAGGACCUGAGAGAGUUUCUUCAGGAGAAGAUCGCCCUGUCUUUCCUCAACAGCGAUGAUAUCAUCAUCGAUCAGCUGCAGGCCUCCAUGGCGGAACUACGCAAGAUGAAGCUGGACCUUCCACCCCCAGCCAAGCCAGAUGAGCUGCCACAGAAGGCCCUGGGUUUGGAGCUACCUGUUCUGCUCACCCCUCUCAAGCCCCCCAGGGGAGUCUCCCCUGACCAGGGAUCCAAACGACCAGGAGCAGGGGGUCUGGGUCUCCACAUCAUCACCUACCAGCCAGACAUCAUCUCCCAAGACGACAGCCCUUCCAAGGAGGACAGGAAGGACAAGGAAGCUCUCAACAUGGAGGAAGAGGAUGAGGAGGAAGUAUCUCUUCCAUCUCCAGACCCCAUUCUCAUCCACACCAUCCAGGCUCAAGUUACCCCCGAUGGGCCUCCCCAGGCUGGGGCUGGGCCACCACCUUAUGAGCCACCAGGGGGUAAUGAGCCCAAUGUUAUGGGACAACCUGCCAUUCUUAUGGUACUCCACAAAGAAAAAAGUGUUGAGAGCUCCUCUGGUCCAGUGGCUUUACCAGAGACACAGGUCGUAGUUCAACAGGGUACAAACACACCUCCACAAAGCCCCAUGGAGGAGUCGACCGUGACUGCCCCAGUUUCCCCUUCAUCCCUUAGCCCUCCCCAGCCACCCUGCAGGGUCCCCCGGACUCAGUCAGCACCCUUAGCCCAGGCUUCCCAGCGGCCUACGGGCCUGGCCCAGAGUGAGAGCCGUUCAGUGGGGGAGAGGGCGGAGGAUGGGUACCUGGCCAGGCUUCUGGAGCAGGCCAUGGCUCUGCCUAAACACAGGGCCCAGACAGGAGAAAAAGGAGAGCCAGGAGACCCAGAAUGGCCAGUUCGAUUCUAGAGCACUGCAAUGCAUUCUAAGUUCUAAGUUGUCUACACGACUGACAUUGCAGAAACAUAGUGUUAUGUUGUAGGAGAAGCUGCCAUAGUGGAGUGCCAAGGACAGUGCCACAUUCUCUCCCAUCAUCGUGAAAGCAUUACAGCUUACUUCAUUUUAGUAGUUUUGUAAUAUUCUAACAAUGGACAUUAUGUUUGCUUAGAGAGCCUUUGUAAAAUAUUUGUUAGUAUAGUCUUAUUUUACUAUAGUUUUAUUUUUGUAUGUGGACACCUGCUUAUCGAACAUCUCAUUCCAAAAUCAUGAGCAUUAAUAUGGAGUUGGUCCCCCCUUUGCCUCCACUCUUCUGGGAUGGCUUUCCAUUAGAUGUUGGAACAUUGCUGCCGGGACUUGCUUCCAUUCAGCUACGAGCGUUAGUGAGGACGGGCACUGAUAUUUGGCGGUUAAGGCUGGCUCGCAGUCAACGUUCCAAUUCAUCCCAAAGGUGUUUGAUGGGGUUGAGGUCAGGGCUCUGUGCAGGCCAGUCAAAUUCUUCCACAACGAUCUCGACAAACCAUUUCUGUAUGGACCUCGCUUUGCGCACAG